CGGGCACUGACGGCAAACAAUGGCGGCCCCCGGUGGGAACGAUUAGAUUAAUGUUUUGUAAUACCUAUUUUCACAGCAAUUUACCUAUUGUUCUGAUACCUCUGCAAUAUUGAAAACUGUUUCGUGACCAGUAAAACGGAUCACAUUGUUAAUUCUGAUAUGAGUGCAGUUGUUGUCAUGAAACUUUGACAUGUUGGCACAGAAACUGCACCUGCUCCGACACAACGUCCUGUCAUUUGUAUCCUCUCGGACUGGCAGUGACCUCACCAGGCUCCAGUAUGAUGUCAUCGUAGUGGGGGGAGGACAUGCUGGGACUGAGGCGGCGGCCGCAGCAGCCAGAUUGGGAGCAGAGACCCUCCUCAUUACCCAGAAGGUCAUGACUAUCGGGGCCCUCUCCUGUAACCCCUCUCUGGGGGGCGUGGGGAAGGGCCAGCUGGUGAGGGAGGUGGAUGCUCUGGACGGUCUGUGUGGGCGAGCAGGCGACUGGGCCGGGGUCCACUUCUCCAUCCUAAACCGCAGCAAAGGGCCCGCUGUGUGGGGCCCCCGGGCACAGCUGGACCGGGAACGCUACCGCCAAUUCAUCCAGUCAGAAUUGCUGUCCACUCCCAGGCUGACAGUGUUGGAGGGCUCAGUGGCUGAGUUGCUGGUGUCACAACCCAACCCAGAGGAGCCUGGACACCACAGAGUCACUGGGAUAAGACUGGUGGAUGGAAGCCACCCCAUCUUGUCCAGCUCAGUGGUACUUACCACCGGCACUUUCCUGUCCGGCUCCCUCUUCAUGGGCCAAACCACCUCUCCCGGGGGGAGGAUGGGGGACGCCCAAUCAUGUGCCGGACUUUCAUACACACUGAAAGAGACAUUGGGGUUGAGGGUGGGUCGGCUGAGGACUGGCACACCCCCUCGGAUAGUGAAGGAGUCCGUAGAUCUGUCCUUGGCUCAGCUCCAAGCCCCGGACAAACAGCCCACUCCCUUCAGUUUUCUCAACACGCACACCCACUGCAAGCCAGAAGAGCAGCUCCCCUGCUACCUGAUCCACACCACACCUGGAGUGGAGAGAGUGGUCAGGGAGAGUGUCCACCUCAACUGUCACAUACAGCAGGACGCCAAAGGUCCCAGAUACUGUCCCUCCAUCGAGUCGCGAGUGCUGCGGUUUCCGGGGCGACGGCACCAGGUGUGGCUGGAGCCGGAAGGUUUGACCUCUGACCUGUUGUACCCCCAGGGCCUGUCCAUGACCAUGCCCCCUGACGUGCAGCUCCGCCUCCUUAGGGAGAUCCCCGCCUUGCACCGAGCCGAGAUCCGCACUCCUGGUUACGGGGUGCAGUAUGACUUUGUGUGCCCCACCCAGCUGACUCCGUCUCUGCAGGUGAAGAGCACUCAGGGGCUCUUCCUCGCGGGUCAAAUCAACGGCACCACGGGCUACGAGGAAGCAGCCGCACAAGGCUUGUGGGCGGGGGUGAAUGCAGGUCGGACGGCCCUCUCCCUGCCCCCCAUGGCACUGUCUCGUACCCAGAGCUACAUCGGGGUGCUGAUCGAUGACUUGGUGGGCCGAGGGGUGACAGAACCUUACCGCAUGUUCACUAGCCGCGCCGAGUUCAGAACCUACCUCAGGCCCGACAAUGCAGACCUGCGUCUCACCCCCAGAGGGUUUGAGGAAGUGGGCUGCGUGACUUUGCAGCGAUACAAGAAAGCAGUAAGUGUGAGGGACGGCCUCCAGGAAGCCCUGAUGGCCCUGCAGUCCGUGGCUCUAUCCUCCACCCGCUGGAGAGAGAAGCUGGGCAACAUCAGCCUGAGUGAGAACAAGAGCACCACCUUAAAUGGUUUGGAUCUGUUGCAAUACAAAGAUGUGUCCUUUGAAAUGUUGGCCUCGGUCUUCCCAGAGUGCCUUUCACAAUAUUUUGAGUACUCACAACGACUCAAGAUUGAAGCUGUGUACAGACCCCACUGCGAGAAGCAGAGUCGAGAGAUGGAGAGAAUACGGAGGGAGGAAAGUCUGUCUCUCCCCUCUGACAUGGACUACCUCUCCUUACCAGUGUCCCUCUCUCAGGAGGUCAGAGAGAUACUGGACCGAGUCAGGCCCAACACUCUGGGCGCUGCUACCCGUCUACCAGGCAUGACGCCUGCUGGGAUCAUCCACCUUCUCAACUAUGUCCUCAGGACCGGGCAGAGGAACAGACACACAGAGCACAGAAACCGAUUGAGCCAAAAAGAGGGGGAAAAGGGACAGCUGUGUGCAAGCAACAUACCGAUAUCUCAGUGA